UAUUUCCUGCCACUAUCUUCGGGCCGGGCCGGGCCGGGCUGGGCGGGGCCAUGAUCAAGCAUUUGUGUGUGUGUUUUUUUUUUAAUCAUUACUUAAUUAGCCUAAUUGGGUGGAGAGCUAUGCCAUAAUUAUAAAUAUUAUACGAAUAUUUUAGCAAAGUCGGCCUGAGCAACACGUGUAGGUCUACAAAGUUGCGCAAUUUGCAACGCGUGUCAUGCGCAGCAACGCUCUAGCUCCCGCGACAGCGUCUCCUCCACUUGCACACAUAACACCGGGCCAGCUGUGCUGUAUUGUGUAUGUGUAUAGCCUAAGUGCAACAUGGAGCUUGAAGACGUACAGAAAAAAAAAAUUAAAACGGGGGAAUUAACUUUGAGCAAGUUUGGAGGAAAGUCGGAGGGCUAGAGGAAGACCGAGGAUGAAGACAGUGAUUGUUGUGCACGGUGGUGCGUGGGCCAUCCCGGACAUGUUAGCCGAAGCAUCCGUGGCUGGAGUUAAGAAUGCUGUGCAGGCAGGUGACGCUGUUCUUAAGAAUGGUGGGAGUGCAAUUGACGCUGUGGAAAAAGCUGUGAGGGCUCUGGAAGAUGACCCAACGUUUGAUGCAGGUCAUGGUGCAGUGCUGAAUAUUAUUGGCGAGGUGGAGCUGGACAGUAUCAUCAUGGAUGGGAAAACACUUGCCACUGGAGCUGUGGCCUCUGUGAGAAACAUCGCUAACCCUGUUAGUCUUGCCCGUGCUGUGAUGGAAAAGACAGAUCAUGUUAUGUUGACAGACAGAGGAGCGAGCAUGUUUGCGGAGCACAUUGGUAUUCCAGCAGCUGAUGAUUUGGUGACUGAGCUGGAACGUGAAGACUGGGAAAAAAGCAACACCUAUAAAGUUGGAGUCAAAACGUUAUUCAACACACAGUGGGGCCAUGAUACCGUUGGAGCGGUGGCUCUGGACUCUUUGGGUAAUGUGGCAUGCGCUACGUCCACCGGGGGAAUCAGGAACAAAAUGGUGGGAAGAGUCGGAGAUACUCCUAUUAUAGGAUCUGGUGGAUAUGCAGACAACAGAAGUGGCGCGGUCUCCUGUACUGGCCACGGAGAGUCUAUUCUCAAAGUCACCUUAGCCAGAUUAAUCCUCUUUCAUAUGGAGCAAGGGAAAUCAGCCACAGCUGCCGCUGAUGCCUCACUUCAGUACAUGGGGGAGAGAGUGAAGGGAUGCGGAGGAGCUAUUGUUGUGUCCUCCGCAGGGGACUGGGCCGCCAACUUCACCACACAACGUAUGGCUUGGGCCUCCAUUAAAGAGGACAUCAUGCACUAUGGGUUAAAUCCCAAAGAAGAUUUUACAGAGAAGCUGAAAUGAUAACAUUAUAUUUGAAGUAGGUUUUCAUGUAUCUAAUUGUGAAUUUAUUGAGAUUUUCACCUAGUUCACUCAUUUAAUUAGUUGGAGUAUACAAUUAUGAUUAAUUGCAUCCUUUAUACAAAUUUUACAUUAGAAGUAAUGAGUUGUUUCACAUAUCAAGAAAGAAAACAAAUACUGUUAAUCAAUAAUGAUUAAUUGAUUCAAAAAAUGUUAAGAAGGUUGUUAAGAAAACAUUUUACAUUACUGUACACACACUACAUAAUAACAUUUUUGCAGGUUAUCCCUAUAGUGUUUCAUCAGUGAACAAACAAUAGAAACAAUAUGGUUUUAAAGGAGAAGUUCACUUCCAGAACAAAAAUGUACAGAUAAUUCACCCCCUUGUCAUCCAUGAUGUUCAUGUCUUUCUUUCCUCAGUCGUAUAGAAAUUGUGUUUUUUGAGGAAAACAUUUCAGGAAUUACCUCCAUAUGGGGGACUUCUGUGGUGCCCGUGAGUUUGAACUUCCAAAUUGCAGUUUCAAUGCAACUUCAAAGGGCUCUAAACGACCCCAGCCAAGGAAUAAGGGUCUUAUCUAGCGAAACAAUUGGUCAUUUAAAAAAAAUACGUAAAUAAAUAAACAUUUAUAUACUUUUUAACCUCAAAUGCUCAUCUUGUCUAGCUCUGCCAUGCACAUACACACGUAUACGUAUUCUGUGCACUCGGUUCAUGACAGUUAGGGUAUGUCAAAAAACUCCCAUCUCAUUUUCUCCUCCAACUUCAAGAUCAUCCUACAUUGACGUUGUAUCUUUUUUUUUUGUAAAGUUUUUUGACUUUCUUUGCACGUUCACUUUGUAAACACUGGGUCGUUACUUCUGCAGCGAUGUAGGACUAGGGCUGGGUAUCGUUCAAAAAUUUUCAAUAACGAUACCGAUACUGAUACCUUGACUUCGAUACCGGUUCCUGAACGAUACUUUUUUUUUUUCCAAUACCAAUUUUAUGAAAUCAAUUUUAACAAGAUUACAUUAUUUCAAAAUAAUAAUAAAAUAUAUCCAACACAAUAAAUCUGUGAAAAUAAUUUUAAUAAAGCUCAAAAAGGCUACAUUCACACUAGUGCAUGUUCGUUUUAAAAUGCAUACCUCAGACAGAAUCAUAAUUUCUAUUCAUUUUCCACUAAUUUACUGACAAGCACUAGCACCUUAUAGCACUGUCUGCUGGUAUGUAUAACAUUAUAUGCCUUCUCUCUUCUGCAAUCAUUUCAACAACAUUACAUGGCCAAAAAACACAUUCAACGGCAAACGGAAGUUAUUACAAACACUCACUGGUGGUUUAAAAUGAAUUUUGAGUAAAAGCGGGAAUAUAAAUCUUAUUUAUUGUCUUAUGUAGCAUCAUGCUACAGUGUUCGUGAAUGAUCACGUAACACUCACUUUCGGUCAUGUAGCAUGAACAGAUACCUUUUCUGAAAUGCCAGUAUGGAUGAGGAUUGUUUUAAUUUUUUAAUUAAAUUUUAGUGCUGCAGGCUUAUUGGCACACUGAUGUUGACGAGAUUAACCCCUUAGGUAUCUAAGUUUGGUACCGAACAACAAGAGGUUUGUCGAUACUCGAUGGUAUCGAGGCAUUUCGGUCGGUACCUAAAAAGUGUCGAACUCGAUACCCAGCCCUAUAAAGGACAAUUGAGUACAUGAUCUGUAAACUUUUGUUCUGGAAGUGAACUACUCCUUUAAGUAACUGAAUAUGUCAUAUAGUAUGACUGAAUAAGUAACCGUCUGAAUGUGUCAUAAAAUAGGAAAACAUUGACAGAAGUAUACUGUAUAAUGGCAAAAUCAACAUAUUAAUUUAACCACAUACAGCUGUUUUCACUACAUUUGUGAAAUUUAAGUUUAUUAAAGAUGAAUCUUACCCAUUCAUGUCUUUAGUCACUUCGUUUCAGGUUUUUAUCAGGGGGCUAACUGCUGGAUCUGGAGGAUAAAAUGAUAUUUAUGUUUCCUUCAAAAAGAUCACAGUUUUCCUGCUGAUUUGUGAAAAAUACCCUUGAAUUUUUGUUUGCAUCUUUGGUAUAAGAACAGAGCAGUGACGAUAUUAUAAAAUGGAAAUGAGGGAAUGCUGUUAAAAUAUUCCAGCCAUGGGAAUUGACGGAUGAAUAAUUAUGUCCUGAAAGAAAAAGUCUUUAUUAGUAAAAGUUUUUGCAACUGCUCCUAGUUAGUGUCUCCUUAGUUGCCCUCCUCACUCAUUGCUAAUUUAAUUUUGUUUCAAAUUAAGGACAAGCUGUGUAUAUAUAAAGACAAAUAUUCAGUAGUUCACACACUUUAAACAAUUAA